AUGACAGAGCAACGCCCACGCGCAGAGAGCAGGAGCCAGACUGCUCCCAGCCUGAUUGGCACCAACGGCCACUUUGCGUCUGUGGGAAAUGCCGCGCACGAUCCCAAGGCUUACGAGCAUGGCGUGCAGGUAAUUGAUGGGGAUAAGGAGUUCAAUCCUAAUUUGUCAAAAUACCUCUCGCUCGAAGAUGUUACGAAUGCCGGUUUCAAUUAUCAUCUGAUAUCCGUCUUCGGAUCACAAUCAACCGGCAAAUCAACGCUGUUGAACCACCUCUUCGGCACCCAAUUCUCGGUGAUGUCUGAUAGAGAGCGAAGGCAAACGACGAAAGGUAUCUGGAUGUCGAAAAACAAGACUAAGCAUGACAGCCCCGAUGAACGUAUGGCCGAAAAUAUCUUGGUCAUGGAUGUCGAAGGCACAGAUGGCCGUGAGCGAGGUGAAGACCAAGAUUUUGAACGUAAAAGCGCCCUUUUUGCGCUAGCGACAAGCGAAGUGUUGAUUGUCAACAUUUGGGAACACCAAGUCGGGUUGUAUCAGGGUGCCAACAUGGGGCUGUUGAAGACAGUAUUUGAGGUGAAUUUGCAAUUGUUCCUCAAGGAUAAGAGCACGACCCAUCGCUCUCUCCUUUUCUUCGUCAUCCGUGAUUUCAUGGGCACUACGCCAUUAAUAAAUCUGGAAAAUACCCUCCUUGAAGAUUUGUCUCGAAUUUGGGCGUCGCUAUCGAAACCCAAGGGUUUAGAGCGCUCAACCAUUCAUGACUAUUUUGACUUUGCAUUCUAUGGUCUCCCACACAAGGGAUACAAGCCCGAGGAAUUUAUAGCCGAGACAAAGAAGCUUGGAACGCGGUUCCGCGAAGGUCGAAAGGAUCGCAAAGAGCAACUUGUCGGCUCAUCUGUGGGAAACGGGAUAUUCUUGCCAGAGUAUCACCGAAGAAUCCCUGCUGACGGUUUUGCACACUAUGCCGAGGGCAUUUGGGGUCAGAUUGUUAACAACAAAGAUCUAGAUUUACCUACACAGCAAGAGCUAUUAGCUCAGUUCCGAUGCGAUGAGAUUUCCAGAGAAGUCAUCAUAGCGUUUGAUGAAGCAAUCGUUCCUUUCGAAGACAAGCAAGUUGCGGGUGUCCGUGCUGGUGCACCGCUUAUCAUCGGUGGAUUGGGCGCAGCUAUGCGGAAUGCGAGGAUGAAGGCCACCAAGAACUUUGAAACAGAGGCUAGUCGCUAUCACAAGGGUGUCUAUCAACGAAAACGGGCUGAGCUGGAGGGCAAACUUGACACCAGAUUAAAAGGACUUUUCCAAGGUCAGCUCAGUGCAGCUCACAAAUCAGGAGUCAAAGACUUCAGCGACGCUGUAUCCAACGCUGUCAAGGCCGGUCAAAAGAGGGGUGCAAGCUAUGACUUUGCAGAAAUUGUCAAGCAGGAAACUAAAGCUGCUCUUGAAAGAUUCGAAAAGGAAGCUCGCGCGUCUGUUGUUGAAGGCACCACAUGGAGUAAUUAUAAGCAGGAGCUAAGUUUGUACAAGAAAGAUCUUGCAGAGAUCAGUGGACAAUUGCGACGUGACGAGAUGCGGCGACUUGCUACAAGAGUGGAGCGAUGGGUACGUUCUCGUCUCUCAGACUCGGUUAGCUUGGAAUUCAACUCGCUUGGCUCUGGACGAGGCGGCUCUGGUGCACCGGAAACUGGAGACAAGCCCGUGGAGAAGCAGAUAUGGGACCGCAUUUGGAAUCUCUUCGUCGAGACUGUUCUGGAUGCAGAGCGGCGAUUCACCGACCGUGCCACAAGCUUUGAUGCUAGCGUUGACGAAGUGGACGUUGGCCUUUGGCGGCUCCGGAGAAAGUCCUGGGGUGUCUUGCGUACCAAAGUUGAAGAGGAAAUGAUGGAAGGCAACCUGUUAUUAAAGCUUCGUGAAAACUUUGAGGACAAAUUCCGUUAUGACGAAGCGGGCGUACCGCGUAUAUGGCGCCCGACAGACGACAUUGAAGGACUCUAUACUCGAGCUCGCGAGUCUACUCUCACAUUGAUUCCUCUCUUGUCAAAGUUCCAUCUGGCAGAAACCAAUUCUCCACCUCCACUCGAUCGUUGGGUUGGCCACACUCCCAGUUCGGCCACUGCUGCCGAUGAAGAAGAUCUAACACCUAUCGGAGGCGUGGAUGAAGACGAGGGGAAAUCUCUACAAGAGGAGGUCACCAUCCUCAACGACGCUAAGCGUCAGGAUCUGACUGUGCGCUUCAAAAAGGCUGCCGAUGGGGUUUAUGUCGAAGCCAAGCGUAGUGCUAUCGGCGGCAUCACGCAGGUUCCGCUCUACUUUUAUGGGCUAUUACUUGCACUUGGUUGGAACGAGAUCUGGGCUGUCCUCCGCAACCCGGCAUACUUCUUCCUCCUUUUCGUGUGUGCAGUCGGCGCAUACAUCACCUACCAACUCAAUCUCUGGGGACCCAUCCUGAAAAUGGCAGAUGCAGCGUCAAGACAAGCCCUGGAGGAGUUGAAGAAACGACUACGCGAGUUUCUGGAAGCGUCCGAUACUGGACGUCAGGCUAUUGCCAUGUCUGCAAAUGCUAAGAACACGACUUCAUGGCGAGGUGCAGAAGAGUAUGAGAUGAGCUCCUUGAACAGAGGAGGAAAGAAGGUUGACGAAGAUGAUGAGAACGAUGACAUCUAG